AUGGGAGACACGCCAAGACAAGAAGAGGGACAGCGACGACAACAGGAAACCCUACGAAAUACUGUCAGUCUUCGAAAGAGAAAUGUGAGAAUGUUCUCCAAUGUCUGCGCGGUUGAAGGUGAGGCCCGAGUUAACGCCUCAUCCCCGACAAUCAAGGUUAUGUGGACUGCAUACCGGACACAGGACCUGAUGCAAAAGUACCUUAAGAGGAACAAGACCGACACCGAACGACCUUCAUCACCCCGUAUGGUCGCUCCCUUUUCUGCCGCAGACCCAAGGACUUUGCGGUCUCAGGAGGGGAGUACAGCCGUCAUGGAGAUAUGGCCUCGACGGAGUGCAGUGUGUAAAGGUGGUUCCCCUCUGGCAACCGUGGUUUGGCUUCAAGACGGGCAGGUCGUCGACAGGAACACCACGCAAGGAGAGACAAGUGCUUUCAACAGCCUCAGCAUCCCAGCAUCACGGAAAGAUUUAUCUCAUUCCUUCACCUGUAAAGGGUCUAAUAAUGAUGCUACGCCUCCGCUCGUGGUUACUUAUAAGCGUAAUGUUAAUUGCGGUCCCCUCAGCGUCACCAUCACCCCCGAGGAGAAGCCGAUCGUGGCCGGCCGUCUGGCGAGGCUUCAGUGCACGGUGGUGGGGAGCAACCCGCCCCCCACCGUGACCUGGUAUCAGCAGGGGCAGCAGGUCACGCCUCUGCACACUCAGGUUGAGGUCGGAGACAACAUGACCGUGAGUGUUUUGCUGUUGCAAGUGACUCGAGAGCAUCACCGGAAGCAGCUGGUGUGCCGAGCUCAGCAUCCGACUCUUCCUCUUGACACCUUGGAGGAUAUUUUCACCCUCAACGUCUCUUUUCCAAGGAUUCUAAUCUCAAAUAUUUGA